GGGUAGCCAUCCUUCAGGCGCCUAUCAGGAGAUCACAAUGCAGCAUCCUCCCAGCCUCGCCUCGCCUCGUGUCUUCCCCGCUCGAUGCAUGUUGUUCUCGCCCCCCAACCUCUCGCCUUUCUCCAGAACAUUGUUUGAGCAGCUGCCCAGAGUUCACCGCUUAGGACUGCCUGGCUAGCCGUCUUUACCGCCAGCCAUUAAACAUCCUUCUCUACAUCCUUCAGCGCCUCAGACCACUUCCUCUCCGCGCCAAUAAUGGAAUCCCCAGAGCCUGCCGGCCCCAGCACUCCAGCAGGCGACCACUCCGCCCGCUAUCUCGAAGCUCCCAUCAGUCUCGAAAGCCUCCGCACGCUCCUCGGCCUGCCCUCCGACCGCGAACGACUUCCGCCCCCGUCGCACCUCCCCCGCUGGUGGCCCACCUCUCUACGCCCGCAAUACCACCCACUACCCGACCCCGAAUCUAACAUCGGCAUCUACCCCAACAUCCUGCACCAAGAGCGCAUCGCCGCCCGCCACUACCGGCUAUUCAAGUUUGUACAGUACGGCGGGCUGAUCACGCAGCUAUUGUUGUCUGCCCUGAUAAUCCUGCUCGCGGCCGUUCCGUGGAACCACCGUGUCGCGAUUGCCGUGUUUGGUGCGCUGAAUGGCGUUAUAACGGGAGCUCUGGCGUUGAUAGAUGGGCAGGGGCUGCCGAGUAGGUUGGUGCAGUAUAAAGAUGGCUUGAGGGAGUUGAGGGAGAGAGUCGAGUGGUUGGAGAGGGAGCUUGAGGCGGGGAUGAGAGAGGUCAGGUAUGGCGAGGUUGUGGCAUUGAGGGAGGCCUACCGCACCAUGCGCGAAGACGAGUCGAUCAAUCGACCGGAAUACUGGCUGAGUUUUAAAGGCCCGGAUAAGCAGUAGGGUCUGGGAAGAUCUUGAAGCCGCGGCUCUAUGACCGACCGUUGUUCUCCAUGUAUUCCAUGUCGGGGACGAGCGGACUGCCGUCGGAUUCGGGUCAAAGCCACAGGUACCGGUAAUGAAUGCGGGGCUCUAUUCUUGUCAUACGGUCAUCGGGCAUCGACGGAAUGGCGUGGAUUGAGAAGUUUAGCCUGUCGUUUAUGCUCUAUACCUUGUCAGUCAGAUUUAGUUAUCUUAAUUGAAGAAUAAUACAUACUGGUUUGCCCC